AAUACGAGAAUGAUAUUUUCCUUGAAAUACAUCUUCAUCUGUCUCACAGCGUUGAACGCUGUAAGAGUCAAAUCUGAAACAGAAACAGAGUGGGAAUAUAAACUACCAAAUCUCUAUGCGCCUGUUUCUUACCAAAUUGACAUCAGUGUAACUGCAGACGCCUUUACAGAAGCCCAUAAUGAGUUUUCUGGACGAGUCCAGAUUCAGUUCUCUUUUACAAAUUCCACGAAUUACAUAGCCUUGCAUUCCCAACACGAUUUUGUAACAAUCAACAGAGUCCUGUUCAAUGACAGCGAAGUUAACGCUACGCUUUAUAGUAUGGAUAAUAUAACUGACAUACUAGCCAUUAACACAACCUCCGAAACAGACAUUGGAGAGAAUUAUACGCUGGUCAUUGAAUACACUGGUAUCCUGAGUACUUCCGACAUGUAUGGGUUCUACAAAAGUAACUACAUCGACGAAGAUGGUGAAACUAAAUAUCUGUUGACAACUAUGUUUGCUGCCACUUACGCUAGAAGAGCUUUCCCUUGUUUUGACGAACCUGCUUUGAAAGCUACUUUCGAUUUUUCCUUCACGUUUCCAGUAGGCUUAACAGUUCUCUUCAACACUCCAGAAAAGAGCAGUAUAGUCAACGAUACCAACGGUUUAGCAACAGUAAUCUUUGAUACCACUCCAAAAAUGUCAACGUAUCUGGUAGCUUUUGCCAUAUCAGAAUUCACUUGUACGUCUGGAGAGUCAAUAGGUGCCGUUUUAUAUCAAGUCUGUUCAAGGAAUUCAUCCGCAGAUACCAGAGAACUUGCUGUGCAAUAUGGGCCUCUACUGUUAGCAAGUUUGAGUAACUACACAGGAUAUGAUUAUGGAGCUGCAAUGCAGAAGAUGGAUCAGGUUGCUAUUCCAGAUUUUGCAACAGGAGCAAUGGAAAACUGGGGAUUAAUUACGUAUAGAGAAACCGCCUUGCUGUGGGACAGAAACGAAUCCUCUAAUCGUUACAGACAGAGAGUUGUUACUGUGAUCGCUCACGAGUUCGCUCAUCAGUGGUUUGGGGACUUGGUUACGCUGAAGUGGUGGUCAGAAAUAUUUUUAAACGAAGGUUUUGCGACGUAUUUUGAAUACCACAUCGCGCAUGAGAUUGUUCCAGAAUGGGAAUUGGAGAAGCAGUUUGUUAUUGAAAAAAUGCACGCCGCAUUCUUAAGCGAUUCUCUAGAAAAUGCUCACGCUCUCCAGUCUGACUGUUUUACACCAGCUGAGAUUGCGGUUAGAUUUAGCACCAUAUCUUAUAGCAAAGGUGCCAGUAUUUUAAGGAUGGUGGAACACUUUAUGAAACGGGAGCAUUUUAAAGAUGGAGUCCAGAAUUACAUCGAUCAACAUAAAUUUGGCAAUACUGAACCUGAGGAUCUAUGGCUAGCUCUCAAUGACAGCGUUCUUGAGUCUGUGUCAUUUCUCCCAGCUGAUUUUAUAACAGUUAUGGAUAAUUGGGUUAAGAAGUCUGGGUAUCCCGUCCUAAGCGUUACUGUAAAUGGAAGGGACGUAACCAUUUCGCAGAAAAGAUUUCUUUUCUCUGGAGAAGAUGCUACAACAAAAUGGUACGUUCCUAUAAGUUACUCAAUAUCCCUAGACCCUGAUAAGUUUGGGAGAACUUCUCCAAUCCUUUGGCUUACUCCAGAUAGUGAUGAGACUUUUACUCUUCCAGUUAACUGUAGCUGGAUAAUUUUAAACAAUCAACAGUCAGCAUACUAUAGAGUAAACUACGACGAUUCACUGUGGAACAAUAUCGCAGCUGCUCUUCUAAAAGACGACUUCGAUGGCAUCAGCGACUUAAAUAGAGCACAAAUAGUAGACGAUCUCUUCAACUUAGCCAGAGCUGAUGAAAUUAAGUAUUCGAGUGCACUUGCAAUACUUGCCUUCUUAGCCAAUGACACCUCUUACUUUUCUUGGUAUCCAGCAUACUCAGGAUUUGACUUUCUGUUGAUCAGGGUGGGGGAAAGCUCAUACCUAGGUCAAAGGAUAUCGGCUACCAUUUUGGAGCUGAUGUCAAAAUUAUACAAAUCCGUACCAAUUUCCACCCUGGACGAAGAUGAUCAAAUUUAUACCCUUAAACAAGUUUUGGCACUCACCUGGGCAUGCAGAUUGGGUAAUGAAGAUUGUAUUCAGAACACCCAAACGCUAUUUAACCAGUAUAAAGUAACUAAUGAGAGGCCAAACAAAAAUUUGCGAAGUAUUGUAUACUGCAGUGCUCUGAGGCAUAGCAAUGAAACUUCCGACUGGGAUUUUUUGUGGAAUGCUUAUACUGAAUCAUUUGAUUUGGCCACUGAGCAGGUUACCAUUCUUUCAGCUCUUGGGUGUACAAAUAAUGAAAUUAUUUUGAAAGAGUACCUUAACAAGUCUAUUUUAGACGGAUCUGGCGUCAGGUCUCAGGAUGCGCUGUCAGUAUUUUCUUCGGUUUACACAGGGAGCUCGGUAGGUGUUGAUGUCGCUUUCGAAUUCCUCAUGGAUAAUCACGAAACUAUUGCAUCAAAGUACAAUAGCAUGAAUUCGCUUGGGAACCUUAUAAAGGGCAUCGCCGAGAGAUUUACCACUGAAAGUCAAAUCACCAGGCUUAGAAACUUUAUAGAAACUGGAAACUUACCUGAAGAAUUCCAAGUUUCUGCAAAUGAAGCCUUGGAAGUUGCGGAAACGAAUUUGAAAUGGUUAGAGAACUUCAAAGACGAUCUGUUUGGAUAUUAUGAUAAUGGAGGACAUAUAGUAUAUUUUUCCACAACCUGGGUUGUUGUUACAUUUGUAAUUUUUUUGUUGAUUAUUAAAAUGGGUCUACAUUUUAACCUUGCCUUGAUCUGUUUCUUAACCGUGAAAAUUGUUGCAUCAGAAACAAUACCAGAAGACUAUAGACUUCCAGACCUAUACGACCCGAUGUUCUACCAAAUUCAGAUUGUUAUAACUCAGGAAGCUUUUACGGAGGCCAGUAAUGAAUUCACUGGACAAAUACAAUCGUUUUUCACAUUAAAAAAUGAAACGGAAUCCAUAAGUCUUCACGCUCACCACGAUUUCAUCAAAAUAAACAGAAUCCAACUUAACGGCGAUGAAGUGGCGAGCGACAAUUAUAACGUGGACAAUGUAACGGAUAUACUGACAAUUAACACGGCUCUGCUAGAAGCCGGAUCGAUUGGCAUACUGCUCAUCGAGUAUACAGGUGUUUUAAGUACCGCAGAUAAUUAUGGAUUUUACAAGAGUAGCUACAUUGACGAGGAUGGUAACACGAAAUAUUUGGCAACAACGUUUUUCUCCCCUGUGUACGCUAGGAGAGCGUUCCCUUGCUUCGAUGAACCGGCAUUGAAAGCUACAUUUGACUUCAUCUUCACGUUUCCUAGUGACUUAAAUAUUUUAUUCAACACCGACUAUUUUUAUAGUGAAACCAAUACGACCUCUGGAUUAAAAACCAUCUCCUUCAAUACCACACCCAGAAUGUCGACGUUCUUACUGGCUUUCGUCCUAUCAGACUUUACUUGUACCACUGGAGUUCCCGCCGCUAGUGUUCCACUGGAAGUUUGUUCAAGGAAUGCAACAGUAGCCUCCAGGCAACUGGCCAGUGAAAUUGGAGCAUCUUUGCUGGAGAGCCUCAGUAAUUAUAUAGGUUUCAGCUACAAUAUGGCCAUGCAAAAACUGCAUCAAGUAGCAAUCCCCGACUUCGCUGCUAAUGCUAUGGAAAACUGGGGACUGAUCACGUACAGAGAAACUGCUUUGCUGUGGGAUGAAACUGAAUCUUCCAAUUACUAUAAACAGCGUGUUAUUACUGUCAUGGCUCACGAAUUGGCUCACCAGUGGUUUGGAAACUUGGUUACUUUGUACUGGUGGUCUGCUAUAUUUUUGAAGGAGGGUUUUGCUACCUAUUUUCAGUAUCACACGCCACACGAGGUAAUUCCUGCCUGGGAACUUGACAAACAGUUCGUGAUUGAGCAGCAGCAUUCUGCUCUAUUACGAGACGCGUUGGAAAAUGCACACGCUCUCCAUGCUGACGUAUUUACCCCAGCCGAAAUCACCGCUAGGUUUAGCACAAUAUCUUACAAUAAAGGUGCCUGCAUUCUGAGAAUGGUGCAGCAUUUUAUGGGCGAGGACCAUUUUAAAGAGGGGAUUCAAAAUUAUACUGCAACACACGAAUACGCCAGUGUAGAACCCGAUGAUGUUUGGGUGGCUUUGAGCAGCAGCGUGCUUGAAUCGGUGUCAUAUUUACCAGACGAUUUUACCAUUGUCAUGGAAAACUGGAUUACUCAACCUGGAUACCCGGUACUUUACGUCAGUGUAAAUGAAAGAACUGUCACUAUAUCCCAGAAAAGGUUUCUUUUCUCUGGAGAAGAUACUACAUCAAAAUGGUACGUUCCGAUAAGCUACUCCAUAUCCCUAGACCCUGAUAAGUUUGGGAGGACUUCCCCAAUCCUUUGGCUUACCCCAGACAGUGACGAGACCUUUACUCUUCCAGUUAACUGCAGUUGGAUAAUUUUAAAUAAUAAACAGUCAGCUUACUACAGGGUGAACUACGAUGAUGGUUUGUGGGACAACAUUGCAACAGCCCUACUCAGCUACAACUUCGAUGGUAUUACCGACUUAAAUAGAGCACAGAUAGUUGACGAUCUCUUCAAUUUAGCCAGGGCGAGUUAUGUCAAUUACGCGAGGGUUCUCGACACACUCGCAUUUUUAACCAACGAUAUUUCUUACUUUUCCUGGUAUUCUGCGUUUUCCGGCUUUGACUUUUUACUCACGAGGGUGGGAGAAGACUCGUUCUUAGGCCGGUCGAUUUCGGCUACCGUUUUGAAUUCGAUGUUUGCACUGUACAGUUCCGUUCCUAUCGCCGUGCUAGACGAAGACGAUCAAAUAUACACGCUUAAGCAAGUUUUAGCGUAUUCAUGGGCAUGCAGGCUAGGUAGCCAAGACUGCAUCCAGCAGUUACAAACGUUAUUCAGCCAGUACAGAUCAUCUGGCGUCAGGCCUAACAAAAAUUUGAGAAGCAUCGUUUACUGCAAUGCCUUGCGGUACACCAGCGACAGCUCUGACUGGAAUUUCUUAUGGGAAGCAUAUACCAAUUCCAAUGAUUUGGCUACCGAACAAAUUACCAUCCUGUCAGCAUUAGGAUGUUCAAGGGACGAAGACAUACUGAGGGAGUAUCUUAGCAAGUCUAUUACUGACGGAUCUGGUAUAAGGACUCAAGACUCCCUGUCAGUAUUUUCCUCAGUCUACACAGGCAGCCCAAAAGGUAUCGAUGUGGCGUUGGAUUUCCUCAUAGAAAAUUUUGAAGUCAUAGCAGCAAGAUAUACCAGCAUGAAUUCGUUGGGGAACCUCAUAAGAGGCAUCGCAGAGAGAUUCACAACUGAGAGUCAGGUUGCCAAAUUAAGAAGCUUUAUAGAAACUGAGAAUCUCCCCGAAGCAUUCCAAGUAGCAGCGAAUGAAGCUCUGGAGACUGCAAAUACAAACUUGAUAUGGUUGGAAACAUUUAGGGAUGACCUGCUUCAAUACUACGAUAAUGGAGGGUACAGGACUGUAGGAGUGUCAUUUUGGAUUUUAGUUAUAUUUGUACUUCUGUUGUCUAACAGCGUAGCUGCAGACACUACUAGUGUUACCGCCAUUGUUUUCUUAGAAAACAGAAUGGCGCAAAAUCUCCUCAUCAUCGGGCUGCUUCUAGCAGCUUGUAUAUCCAACGUACAAUUACAAACUACCGAUGAAAUAGAGUGGAGGCUGCCAACCAUCAUUCGCCCAUCUAGGUAUCGACUCCACAUAGAUGUGCCGGAAGCUGCCCUGUCCCCAGAGAGCAACGAAUAUGGUGGACAUAGUGUCAUGCUGUUUACGACAUUAGAACCGACAACUACGAUAAAGCUUCAUUCUUCUUACGACCACAUCAGAUUAAAUUUGGUGACGAUAGAAAAUACUGACGUCAAUGAGACGAAUUAUUCUGUGAACAAUAUUACGGACAUCCUGACUAUAACGUCGCCAUUUCAGUUGAAUCCGAACAUCACCUACCAACUAGUCAUAAACUUUACGGGAAUCCUCAGUACAACAGAAAUGACGGGAUUUUACAAGAGUAGCUAUGUCAGAGAAGAUGGCGUUACAAGGUAUCUGUUGACGACUCAGUUCCAACCCACCAGUGCAAGAAGAGCUUUUCCUUGUCUGGACGAGCCCUUCUUCAAGGCUAUCUUCGAAAUAUUCAUCACUCACCCCGUUGAAUACAACGCUUUAUCAAACACACCUAGCACUUUAAAUGGGACGGAUUUGGGAACAGAGACGUACCAAUUCGAUGACACGGCUCUUAUGUCCACCUACCUUAUCGCCUUCGUCAUUUCCGAUUUUACGUGUACCCAAGGUGAAGACAUUGGAACUGUCCCUUACCAGAUCUGUUCAAGAGAUGAAGCGAACAGCACAAGGGAAUGGGCGCUGGAAAUUGGACCCCCACUUGUGGAAAGUUUGAACGACUAUACUCAGUUCGACUACAACAGAUCCAAGAGUAAAUUGGACCAAGUUGCUAUUCCUGACUUUGCGGCAGGUGCUAUGGAAAACUGGGGGCUAGUUACGUACAGAGAAGUGUUCUUACUAUGGGACUCCGAUGAAAGCUCAAACAACUACAAGCAGUUGAUUGCGACAAUAAACUCCCACGAAUUCGGUCACUUCUGGUUUGGUAAUUUGGUGACUUGCAACUGGUGGUCGGAAACUUUUUUGAAUGAAGGAUUUGCCACGUAUUUCGAAUAUUUCACUACACACGAUGUACUUCCAUCCUGGGAACUAGACAAGCAGUAUAUCGUCGAUAUCGUGCAGCCAAUUUUAAUAACCGACGCUCUAGAAAAUGCUCUUCCUCUACAAUCAGAAGCAAACACACCAACGGAAGUGAUGGCUAAGUUUGGAAGAAUUUCUUACUCAAAAGGUGGUGCUAUAUUUCGCAUGGUUGAACAUGUAAUGGGAUCUACAAAUUUUAAAAAUGGGUUGAGAGACUACUUGGAUGAGUUUCAGUACCAGACUACACUGCCAGAGGAUUUAUGGAGAACGUUACAAAGAUCAGUCGACAAUUCUACCGCCAAGUUACCUGCCAAUACCACACUGGUCGAAGUUAUGCACAACUGGGUAAACAGCCCAGGAUUUCCAUUGCUAACUGUUGCCGUGCAUGGUACACAUAUUGAAAUAAGCCAGGAGAGGUUCUUGAUAUCCGGUAAUGACACAAUAACCAGAUGGUACGUCCCUAUCAGCUACACAACAUCAGAAGACGCUAAUAAAUUCAACAGCACAGCACCACAACAGUGGCUCACACCGGCAGCAAGUGCUUCUUUCCAUAUCGAAGUAACUAACGCCACGUGGUUCAUACUUAAUAAUCAGCAAUCAGGAUACUUCCGUGUAAACUACGACAACAACGGCUGGAACAACAUCAGAGAUGCCCUCCAGAAACCUGAAUUUGAUGGCAUCGUCGAAGUUAACCGAGCGCAAAUAGUCGACGAUCUUUUCAAUUUGGCAAGACGCGACAAAAUUGAGUACGCUCGGGUGUUCAGCAUCGUCCAGUUCCUUGUCAACGAGACGUCUUAUUUCACAUGGAAUUCAGCGUUCAGAGGCUUCAACUUCUUGCUGAGCAGAGUCGGUCUGGAGUCUCAACUAGGCCAAGCCAUAUCGGGCUACGUCUUGAAUUUGAUGGAAAAUUUGUACACCAACGUAUCCUUUGUCAGACACAACACAGAUGACCAAAUCCAUACUUUUAAACAAGUUUUAGCACUGUCUACAGCCUGCAGAUUCGGAAAAUCUGCUUGCAUUGCUUCCAGCAAAGUGUUUUUCCAUGUGUACAAAGAUUUUGGAUUAAGACCACCCAAAAAUCUACGCGGAGUAGUUUACUGUAACGCUCUGAGGCACAGCACCGAUUCAAGUGAUUGGGAGUUCCUUUGGCAAGAAUAUCUGAGCACCACUCUUGCUUCCGAACUAGUAACCAUAAUUCCCGCCCUAGGUUGUUCCCGGGAUAGAACAUUGCUGGAGAGAUAUCUCAACUUGUCCAUCACAGAAAACUCUGGAAUUAGAUCCCAAGAUCGUCUCUCUGUAUUCAAUUCAGUCUUCAACGGCAAUCCAAUGGGAAUUGAAGUGGCUUUUGAGUUUUUGACAAACAAUCAUGCUCGUAUUAAUGAAAUGUAUCUUAGCAUGAACGCUUUGCCAAACUUAAUCAACGGUCUUGCCGCGGUCUUCACCACAGAGGAAGAAAUUGAAAGGUUGGAGGAAUUUAUAGAGGAAGGUCUUCCAGCGGAGUAUCUUCCAGCAGCGACCACAGCUAUAGAAACAGCUAGGGCUAACAUAGCGUGGGUCGAGCAUUUCCAUCAACAUCUAUUUGACUUUUUCUUCGUAGUUAGCACUCCUGGUGCAGCUCCCGAAACGCUUGGUCUUCACGUCUGCGUUGUACUUUUGGUAGUCUUCUUCGGUCAACUGUUUUAAAUUACUGUUGUUGCGAUAAGAUGUAUGUAAAAUGUUAUUUGGUUCUAAUAGUAUUAUUAUUAUAUAUACGAUAUUUAUUAACACUUUAGUUAAUUAAUCUUGAAAUAAGACUAAAGAGGCGACUGUGAGAAUUUAUUCUAUUCUAUUUAAUCAUUAGUCAUUGUAAAUUUUUAUUUUAUUACGUCAUGUUACCGUUCAUGUACAGAUGUUAUUUAAAUAAAUAAACAAGUAAUAUUUUUAGAUAAUAAAAAACUAAUUUUCGUUUCA